GCUCGCGGCGGGUUCAUGCUGGGGAGCCCUGGGCCCAGGGGGCCGCCCCCUGCUCCGCCUCCUUCCCGGAGCCCGGGCGUCCGCGGCUGUCUCUGGGGCUGGGGGCUGUGCCGAGGUCGAGUCCCGGACCUCACAGACACUGGUCCUCUGGUUGCUUCCCGGGAGGAAAGGCCCACCAGGCGGGGCGGCCAGCGUGCCCUCCCCUCGCAGCGGCAGAGUUUGGGCGUCACCGACAGGAGGGGGCGUUUCCCGAAAUCCCCGGGGGUCCCCUGAACUAGGUAGCCCGAGGCCCCGAGUGUCGGACCGUCAGGGUCGCGUACCGGGCGGCUGCGGUCCGAAAGGAAAAGCUCCCCGGCGGGUGGUGGAGCGCUGGGGAGAAUCCAGAGGACAUAUCGUAACUAUUUCCUCCUUUACCUUCUCACUGCCAAGGCCAGUUAAAGGCCCUGCCUUCUGUGUGAAGCGACAGUCUGUGGCAAGACAAGCGCAGCACCAAGACGCUGUCAUUCCAGGGGGGCGGUGCAGCGCCGCGACCCGGCCCCGCGACCUAGCCAGGAUGGUGGACACGGCGAGCCCGGUCUGCCCCCUCUUCCCGCUGGAGACCGAUGAUCUGGGAAGCCCGUUGUCUGAGGAAUUCCUGCAGGAAAUGGGAAACAUCCAGGAAAUUUCUCCGUCCAUUGGCGAGGACAGUUCCGGGAGCUUCAGUUUCACCGAAUACCAGCACUUAGGGAGCGGCCCCGGGUCGGAUGGGUCCGUCAUCACAGACACCCUGUCACCGGCUUCGAGCCCCUCAUCGGUCACUUACCCCGGGGCCCACGGUAGCGCCGAGGACUCCGCCAGCACAGCACUGAACAUCGAAUGCAGGAUCUGUGGGGACAAGGCCUCGGGCUACCAUUACGGGGUUCACGCGUGUGAAGGCUGCAAGGGCUUUUUCCGGCGCACGAUCCGGCUGAAGCUGGUCUACGACAAGUGCGAGCGCAGCUGCAAGAUCCAGAAGAAGAACCGCAACAAGUGCCAGUACUGCCGCUUCCACAAGUGCCUGUCGGUCGGGAUGUCCCAUAACGCUAUUCGUUUUGGACGCAUGCCAAGGUCUGAGAAAGCAAAACUGAAAGCAGAAAUCCUCACGUGUGAGCAUGACGUAGAAGAUUCCGAAACGGCAGACCUCAAGUCCCUCGCCAAGAGGAUCUACGAGGCCUACCUGAAGAACUUCAACAUGAACAAGGUCAAGGCCCGGGUCAUCCUCGCGGGGAAGGCCAGCAACAACCCGCCUUUCGUCAUCCACGACAUGGAGACGUUGUGUAUGGCCGAGAAGACGCUGGUGGCCAAGCUGGUGGCCAACGGCAUCCAGAACAAGGAGGCGGAAGUCCGCAUCUACCACUGCUGCCAGUGCACGUCCGUGGAGACCGUCACGGAGCUCACGGAGUUCGCCAAGUCCAUCCCCGGCUUCGCCAGCUUGGACCUGAAUGACCAGGUCACGCUGCUGAAGUACGGGGUCUACGAGGCCAUCUUCACCAUGCUGUCCUCCGUGAUGAACAAAGACGGGAUGCUGGUCGCCUACGGAAACGGCUUCAUCACGCGCGAGUUCCUGAAGAGCCUCCGGAAGCCCUUCUGUGACAUCAUGGAGCCCAAGUUUGACUUCGCCAUGAAGUUCAACGCGCUGGAGCUGGACGACAGCGACAUUUCCCUCUUCGUGGCUGCGAUCAUCUGCUGUGGAGAUCGCCCUGGCCUGCUAAAUGUCGGGCAGAUUGAGAAGAUGCAGGAGGGCAUAGUGCACGUGCUCAAACUCCACCUGCAGAGCAACCACCCAGACGACGCCUUCCUCUUCCCCAAGCUCCUGCAGAAGAUGGCGGACCUCCGGCAGCUGGUCACCGAGCACGCGCAGCUGGUGCAGGUCAUCAAGAGGACCGAGUCGGACGCCGCGCUGCACCCGCUGCUGCAGGAGAUCUACAGGGACAUGUACUGAGCUCUCUCGAACGAACGAGGGGAGGGGAGCUCCCCGGGACUUAUGGAGGUGGCGGCAGGCGCUGCUGAGGAGGAACGGGAUCAAGGCCACUUUGCACAGGUGUCCCCGCCGGACCCCGAGAACCUGACGCGUGCGCUCCAGAUAACCGCGACCCCAUUCCACACCGGCCACUUUUUUACCGAGAGCGUGCAGAGUCGGGGCUUGGAAAACUCGGAGAGCGAUGCCAGGCUGUCAGACUGGAAGCUGUCCGGUGUUAAUCAAUGCAGAUUUAUUUAAAUCAGGGCGGUGAUUCACCACUGGUGCCUGGCGACCUCGGGGAGCGCUCCGUCUCCCCAGGUACCACUGUUGACCCCUGGGCUCCUUCCUAUGUUGGAAACUAAUCAGCACUUUUUAACUUUCGUAAUCCUGUAUAUCUAGAUGUAACCAAAGGUUAGGCAUUUUAAAAGCGGCUAAGUAUUUAUUCAGAAGACUUCGAUUCUGCUCCCUGAAUUCGAAGAGCGACAACAUGCAAUUUUUUAAUCGUAGAAGUUAGAAUUCUAAAGAAUUGUCUGAUAAGCGCUGGAAGCGCGGCCGCCGCAUUACGUUGGCUCCCCGGGUGCUCGGCUGCAAGUAGGCCGUGGGGAGGCCCGUCCCCAGCUCCUGUAGGAGGACCCAGGAAACCGCGUCUCUGCCGCGCCCCCCCCCCCCGCCCCCCGGCUCACGGCCCCGGUAGAGCUGGCAUCGGUGAGCAGGAUGGCAGUGAACCUGGAAGUACCUCAGUGUUCCAGCCCUCCCACCUGCUUCCUCUCAAAGGUGGGCCAUGGUGGCAGCUGGGGACGGGGGGGGGGGGGGACAUGGUUUCCAGGGCAGCCUGAGAGGUCACCUGCAAAUGUCCUUCUGUGUCCUGUGAGUCGAGGCAGCUCUUGGGGCUUUCCCUGUGUUGCUUUUUAAAAUAUGCAGCUUUAUUUUUGUAACUCUUAGUGGUAGUAGCUGUUCGCUGGAGUGGGGAAGACGAGGCAAGUGUGACUUUAUAGUCCUGGGGGGGGGUCACCUGGGGAACGACGGGGUUGGGGGUGGGGGUGAGGUCCCGCAGGUGGUUUCUCGUUGUCCCAGGAGCCUCCACGGCCGGCGGCUCGUGCGGAGAUGGAGAGUUGAGUGCCCUUCUCCAACCUUGCGCAUAAGGCAGGUUGUCCAGCACGGGAAGAUGCUUGUUUCAGCCUUAAAGGUCGGCUUCUCGGCCUCAGGCCACCUGUGGACGCCAUGUGCAUUGUGUCUAGAGUGUGUGGACCCAGGCGUACUCUCCCUUUCUGUCACCGCGGCGGAUCCAUCGUCCCCUCAGACGUUUUCAGCAGCUCGCCUGCCAGGGCCGGCAGGCGCACAGGGGCCCCUGGACACCGCGCCCACAGCGCCACAGUCUGGAUGUGUCCUGGACACCCCUCCCCCGCUGCCUUGACAACAUCUGGCCCUUUAAGGUCUUUGUCACCCACUGUUAAAGGAGGGUUAGGCUUCCCGAGGUCAGCGGUAGGGAAAUGCAAUAGAAAAACAGUCCCACUGUGAGACCUCAACUAGAAAAAAGUGAAAGUUACCACCAGGGCACCCUGUGAAAAACUCCACACACACUUCGUCUGUUGGUCAAGACCCCGUCAGAGGAGCUGCUGGCAGCGGCUCACAGCGCCCCCAUGUGGGGAGGGCACGGAGCCAGCGGCCGUCCGCGCCAGGCAGGAGCCUGGGAGCAGCCCCCCGAUGCUCUCCCCCGGAAGGAGGCCCCCCGCGCUGACUAGGCUGGGGGGCCGUGGUUGUCGAGGUCGGGGCUCGGGAAGGGCUGCACCUGUUUCACCUCCGCUGACCUCUGGCCUUGGAGAGCGAGCCCCGAGACCCGGGCUCUCAGACAAGGUGGGCAUUCCGUUCAGGCUCCGAUCGAGCCCCCCGCCCCAAGCAGCUCGUGUCUUCGACGUGCCGGGAAGCUGCCGGAAGGCGCGGCUUGUGCGUCGGUGGCCUUGCUGAACGUCAGUUCUCCCGGGACCUGGCUACCUGACCAGCCACACCCCCCGCGAGGCCACAAAGGAGCCCCCAAGGGACCUCAGCUUAGAAGCCGCUUGCUGUCUUGAUGCGGUUCGCUUUUAUUAAUGGGAAGGAAAACCCCGUGUUCCCAUUCUGGUUAAAUAGCAGCGUCACAACCGGCCACUCAGAGUGUUUCGGGUCAGCUCGUUGGGUUCCCCAGCGGGUCGGGGGUCAGACUCAGGCGGCCGCCCCCCAGCCCCGUGCGCUGGGGCACUUCUCGCAGGGGCUCGGGGAGGAGCGUGCACGCGCGCUGGGUGUCCGUGAGCACCUGCGCCCUGGUGGUUCCAGAAGCUUCCAGCCACAAGUGGAAAGCCACUGCUGCCUCCUCUGAGUGAAUGCACCCAGUGACCCACGCCUCAGCCAGUCUGUUGAAACCUGCUUCUUUGGGUUCCUGGCCUGGGAUCACAAAGAGUGCCAAACUCCUCCUGGGCCACACGGUCGUCAGACAACCUCGGUCUCGAGUGCUGACAAGAACCAGGGACGGCCGAGGCUCCUCACAGACAUGCCUGCCAACCAGCUCGGGGCGGCCCCAGUGGGGCCUCUCCACCCGCCCUUCCGGGCCCCCCGGGCAUUUCUGGUGGGGUGUCCCUCAUGCAGAUUCUGCACCCGCCACCCGGCGAGGGCUGCCCUGCAGGGAGUCACCUCGUGACGCCCUGUGUCACCUGAGACAAGAUGCUCCCAGUGCGCUGGCCGCGGGUGGGGGGGGGUUGAAUGGUGAGAGUCGUCAGAGUCCCGGAGGGCCUUUCCUUCUUCCUGCCUUGCUCUCUGGCUUCCCUGAGACCCUUCUAGAACCCUGAGAAGAUGAGCCCCGAGCCUCUUCCCAAGGAGCACGGUGACGGCGGAGCCCAGGAGAGGACCGCGGAGCUCAGUGCCCCCGGGCUGCCCCCGGGGGCGGACCCCCGUCCUGAGGGGCCCUUGCUCUUCAUUCCCCGAGCGCGGAAGGCGGCUCCCUGGGUGUCCCGACGCGUUGCUGGCCCGGGCCAUCCUUCCGAAACGCCCGGGUGGGGGUUGAGCAGAGGGGCCUCGGACGAGACUGCCCCCUCGGGCCUGAGCAGAAGCUCCAGACGCAGGUCACCCUCCGUUCAAGGUGUGGUGACAGCCGCCCGCCACUAGUGCCCCCCCUCCCGUCGGCUGCACACCAGCUACCUCAACAGACCUGUCGGAGAUGCCGGGCAGACAAAGGUGCUUGGGCCCUGCAGCCUUCCCACCCGCGGCCGGGCUCGGCGGCCGUGUGCCCCCCCCCCCACAGACGGGGAGGGUUCAGUGACUCCCCCAGGGACCUCUGUCGUUGAAAGGGAGCGUCACAGACACGCGUGUGUGGGAGGUGCUGCCCGGAGCAGCAGGGAGCCUGAGCCUGAGUAUGACGGGGCCAGGCCUGCAGGGACCCCGCGCCGAGGCCUCCCUCCCCUCCGGCCCCGCCUGCGGCCGUGCAGCAGCCUGUGCGCGGGGCGGCCCUGCCGGAGGAGGACGGAGAGAGGCCUCUGCGCAGUCUGGUCGGACUGAGGUCUCGCCCUGUCGUCACAGCCGGGCCUCUGCCCCUGCUGCCUCCACACACCAGUGACACUGGGCACAGUGGGUCCCAGCUGCCAGGCGCACAGUGGCCUCUGGCCUUCACCCGGUGGCCACGCCUGUCACUGACUACCUUAGGGACUGCUCUCUGCAUGUGGGCCCACUGUUUCGGCCAGUGGGCCGGGCACCACCAGCUAAAACGGACUUGACCAUGGGCCUGGCCUUUGGCCAAGGGCUUCCAGGGACCCAGGGAAAGCCAGCCACUUUCCAAGUACCUCCUCAAGCCGUGUCGCCUUUCAAAACGCAGACCCCACUAGGAAAACACAGCAAAUGUUCACAGAGCCCACCCACGUCACGGAUCUUCGUGGCUUUGGAAGUAAAGUCCACUUGUCUGUUUCCUCUGAGUCUCAGCUUGGGGGGCCUAUCUCCUCGGCUAGGCGUAGCGCGCUUCACUGGCCUCUGGGCUCCUGGGGCCGCGCCUGGUCUGCCUGGCGCAUGUGUUCCCGGGCGGUCGGUCCUUCAAAUUCCCUCCAAGCGCCCACAAUGGUGCCCACACAGGAGAGGCGAGGAAAUUGUACAGCCCAUCGAAGCUGCAGACUGAGAUCGGUGCAGCCCGCUGAGGGCUUCCUGACUGCUAAAAGAACGCCCGUGGAAGACUUUCCCACACCCAGUUCCGAUGGCACCGUCCCCCCCAGGCUCCAGGCGGUCCCAAGCCGGCUCUGGCUGUGCCCGCUCUCGUUUUAACAUGGCGCAGCUUCCCAGGCGCCCCUGGGGUUGAGGACUCCUGCCAACCGAGUCUUCGCAUGGAGCGGUCCGUUCAGAGUACCGACAGAAGUGGCCUUCAGGUGGCACCGUGGGCAGGGAAGUGCCCGUAGACGCCUGCGGCAGAAAGGCCAUCCUGGCAGGCCAGCUGUGCGGGGUCACAUGGAGGCUGCGACAGGAAGCGUGGGCCCGCCCGCCCGCACCCCGUGCUGGCAGCUCUGCGGUGCGUGCGGUCGGCCGGCGGCUUCGCUCUUCCCAAGUGCAGGGACGGUGCCCGGGGCGCCUGCUGCUCCGCGGGGCCUGCCCAGCGAGCUCCAGAGGUCGAGGUGUCAGUUUUUGCUGAGAUUUACAUAGUUUUCAGGUGCCAUUUUAAUAGAAUUCAAGAAAUUGCUCAUCGACUGCCUGGGCAGCGUGUCUGGCCUGACUCGGAGCGUCGCGUUUCUCCGGGAACCGCGAUGCGGAAGUGGCGACGUGACGCUGGACGUUCUGUGCGUCAUCUUGCGCUCAUUUAAAUAGUUCCAUGAUGCCUCUGCUAUGCUUUCGCUAUGGAACGCAGCAGGUCCCUGAACUUCAUUUCCCCAGAGUGGGCUUCGGGCUUUUUUUUUUUUUUUUUUUUUUUAAAGGCUGCGUGCGGCCUGCGUAUUGGAACAGAGGUGAGGCGGCCGCCCGCACUGCGCACCCACUGCCCCCCACCACCACCUUGAGGUGCCUUCUCUGGUCUCUGCAGGGGGGCUGUCCCCGGACCACGUGCUCCUCACGAUUCCAGCCCGAGACGGAAGGAGAAUCGCGUUCACUAGUCCCCGCCCUGAGAAAGGGGGCAGGGAACGUGGUCCAGCUGAAACACGGCCACGUCCUGCUGGAACCCUGUGUCC